AUGGAAGAUUUAUACGAUAACAGUGCCCAAAAAGUUCACGAGGCUGACGCGACGUUCGUCACAAAAAACAGCACGCAGUUGGAUGGGCUGCAACCAACCUGGAAGGAGUUGGCGUCUUCUGGAAAUGAGGUCUCAAUCACUUUUCAAAAGGUCUCCAAUAAUGGUCUAUAUUUAGUGAUGGAGUAUUGUAAUGGUGGAGACCUUUCCGAAUAUCUGCGCAGUAGGCAUGAUUUGCUUGAGUCCAUCCUUCUUUCAGUUAAGGACACGCUCCCAGAAGACACAAUACGUCACUUCCUUGCUCAGAUUGGCUCUGCUAUGUAUGCAAUUAAUCGAAAAGGCUUCAUGCACAGGGACUUAAAACCGGGCAACAUUUUGCUGACAUAUCCUCAAGAUUGUGGCUACUCACUGAAGGAUAUUCCUGGCCACAUGCUCACAUUCAAACUAGCUGAUUUCGGAUUUGCUCGCUGGUUACAGGACGGCAUGAUGGCGGUUACAAUGUGUGGUUCCCCGAUGUACAUGGCGCCAGAAGUACUCAUGUGCCGUGAGUAUGAUGCACGCGCAGAUAUCUGGAGCAUGGGUGUUAUCCUGUACCAGUGUCUCACUGGCAAGGCCCCGUUCUUCGCCAACAACCCGGAACAACUGAAGAAUAUUUAUAGCAGAACGCCCAACUUACGACCACAAAUACCGGCUACAACAAGUGAUCCACUUCGCCGACUAUUGUUGCACAUGUUGAUUCGUGAACCAAGAGACAGAAUUGACUUUGCGCAUUUCCUCGAACAUCCGUUCCUGCAUCCAGGACGCCGAGACUCCACGGUGUCCGCCAAGCCUGGGUUGAAAGGACAGGUCCCACAAACUGGACCGAACAGAAUCCGAAGAGAACAGUUACCGUUCAGUUCUUGUUCUCCUGUUACUGGCAAUACCCCGGCGAUGUCACCAGGACAAGGUACCAGAACAGAUGCAUUUUAUAUCGACCCUCGAAAAGCGCCGCUCACACAGGAGCGGAUGAAACAGGGUAUUCCUCCUAACAUCCGAAAAGUAGAAGAAGUUAGUCCUGAGAUAUCUUUUUUGGUCGCUUUCUUCCGCCCCAUACUUGGCGUAUUCUAUUCUUCCAUUCUUCAUUACUCCUACCAGGCUCCAGACUCACUACCGCCAUCCAAUAUGGAAUUUUUACGUCUAACGCAAACACCGGCCUACCAUGACCCAACUGCUAUGCAUCCAGUGGGUUCCCUCGUUGACGAGUUGGAUGAUGAAAUGUCACGAACUACAGUGGACGACUAUAUUGAAGAUGAAUUAGACACUUCCGCUCUGCCUCUUGAACCGGUUCCAUAUUCAUUACCCACCCCGGAAUCGUUUCGUCCUUCAGGUGUCCAGCCUCCAACAGCACCACCAGUACCAUCUCGCGGCAGUUCAGUUCUACGAAUCCCAAAUGUAACGCGUAAUGUUCCGGCGGCGCAACUCAACCAAGAUCGCAAUUUGCCGUAUGUGCUACAACCUGUGGGAGAAGCUGAACCAGACGAACCACAUCUGGAUGAUUUCAUCAUUGUGAAUCCUAAUGGAUCAGUAGACCCUUUUCCUCGCAACUUGCGGCCUCCAUCCGAAACAGGGACCUGUCCCAUGAGCACUGUGGGUCGAAUUGUCGCAAAUCCAGCAGCUUACCGCGCCAGUCACCCUCGUGUGCCGGUCACGCAAUCACCGUUACCUGAUGUAGCCACAACUAGUCCCGCUAACCAGCGGCGCCCUAGUAUGCUACGAGAGAAUCGAACUCACACACCCGCUUGGUUACAAACAGAGGCAACCGGAACCCAAGAGGCCGUCUCCAACAUCUGCAGAAAGUACGUCUACAUAUCUGUUAAUUACAUAGCAGACUACCCUAAACGCCACCCUGUUCCUAGUGCACGUGCCCUUAUUAUAUUACCUGAUACCGAUGUUUAUCACGACAGUCUUCUUCCCUUUGUCGCAGAGCUCAACCGACCUCGGUUUCCUGUGGCAACGGGGCAUCUGGAUACCACCGCAGGAGAGCCCAGUGUCAGUGCACAAUCUCCACUGUAUACAGUAACUAAUCCAACAGAAGUCCGCCCCCGCACAACCGGUCACCUCCCCACUGAUGCUGUCCUUACUAAUUCCGGUGAAUAUCAGAUGGCUACUGAGCCCAUCCGUCUCAGGCCUCAUUCAGGCGGUGGGAUUCUGGACUACGGUCCUGAUGGAUCCGGUGGACAUGUUCCCGGUGGCUGGGCAGCUCCUGAGCUCUCUGAAGAACAUGUUGAUGCUAAACAUAACGAGGAAAUCAAAACCAUCACCAUGGUCCUGGAACUGUGUGAACUUCUCAGUGAGCUGGCUCAACGCCGCGCGUCCGUGCUUGCAGACUGUGCAGUGACAACACCCGCGGCAACUGCCAGUGCCUCCUCCACAUCCCUCACACAGGAGGACUCCGAUUGCAAGGACGCCCCAGCUGGAACACGUGAGUCAGCCGCUUCAGACGAAUCGUCAGCAGCGGAUGCUGCAGCUCCAGGAACGACUGGGCUCAAGUUCCUAGCAGAAGACCAGAGAAUCGUGGAACAAAUUGUCCUGUACCGCCGAGUCCUCUACUACUUGGAGUACGUCUUCGUUCAAGUCAAAAAAGCUUUUAACCAUGGGCAGCUGCGGUCAACGCCUAUUUCGCGCGCAAGAUUGAAUGAUUGUUACAGGCUGUACCAGGUAUGCUACAUGCGAUUGCGAGAGCUGGCUCGUCAAUCCCGUCGAGACGAUCUCAUCGAACCAGUGGGCCGGUUACUAUCCAAGAUUACAGCCAACAGACUCAUCUUUCAGUACGCGCUGCUUCAGUGUCAGGCUGCUGAAAUGGAUGCGUACGUUGGGGAAAUUGCCCAGGCUUUUCAGCGUUACAAAGCCGCGAUUACGCUAAUUCACGGUUUGCGUCAACACGCCAAGACAGAAAAUGACAAAACUUUGCUCGCAGACUGUAUGCGAAUUCUCCAGAAUCGCUAUAAUUCUUUGAGGAUGGCAGCAGCGAAGACCCACCAGAAUAUUGGUUAUUUUGGACGAAGUUCAGCAUUCCCUACUGACAUCCAAGCUUCCAGUCCGAAAUCUGAUCGUUCGCCGAACUGUCGUAUCCCAACCAGUCCCCCUAAUCCGCUUGAUCCUGGUUUGAACGACUCGCAUAUGGGUUGAUCCAUGCAGAAUAUUACUCCUUUUACAAAGUCCUCGUAUGGUGAAUCUGCGUUACUGAGCGACCCUACCGUGAUCAUUUCGCAUGUACCACAGUCAACGGAAUCCCUUAUGGCUUCUGAUAUGGGUCCUUCCUUACCUUGUAUAUAUUAUAAAAUACAGCAGGGCUGAUCUGCAGCCAGUCUCCCCACAACCAGACGCAUUCACUGGUGUGCUCUAAUCAUGGCUCACCAAACAGUCAUUUUAUUAUCCCGGGUUCUUAUUUUGUCUUCAAACUCCUGGUUUCUAUCCCCGUGAUCAAACUGAUUUGCCUCGCAUCUUCGCAGCCCCCUCCCGUACACACAGUCUUUUCUGUUUUAUCUUCUCCCCUGUUUUUAUUUUUCCAGUUUGUGGACUGUUUAUCUACGGCUUUCCUUAUCGUACAUCAUGCGAAGUUGUGAUAGACAUGGGGCUUCUCAUUCGGUUGGAAGGGCAGUGGUUCUAUUUCUUGGCUUUGUUUGGCCGAACGUUUUCCUGGUCCAGUGAUAGUCUGGUUCGAGUCCUUGGCAGUAGGAUUUUAUUUUUGUUCAAAACCUAGUUUUAAACCGAAACGGCUAUUCUCAUCAUUUAUUCAGCUGUGGUCAUACAUCACUUUCAUACGGAUUCUUAUCCAUUUUUAAUACCAGAACGGCUUAGUCAUUUAUUUGGUGAUCGAGUCUUAUCUUAUAUAUUACAAAUGCUGUACAAAGUUUCUAUGGUACGUGCUUUAGAAAAUCAUCCUAUCGGGCUAUGUAUGUGCUUUAAG